AUGGCCCCACGGUUUUUGACGUUAGUCAUCGCCGCAAAAAAGUUGUAAAAAAUUCCAAUUGUCCAAAGAAUUUGCGGCUGACAAUUUUAAUUAUUUUUAUUGCGCUAUCUAUGUGAGUUAGAACGUGAAAAGUUGUAGCAAAAAUAUAUAUUAGGGCGUUUAAUCUGCAAACGAAGGAAUUGAAAGCAGUGAACGUAGGUGGCCAAGUCAACAUUACCAACGAGGGGUACAAUGGAUAGCAAGGGACGCAAUGUUAUCGUGUGCGAUAAUGGAACCGGUUUUGUAAAAUGCGGCUAUGCCGGCAGCAAUUUCCCCGCACACAUAUUCCCCUCCAUGGUUGGAAGGCCAAUAAUUCGUGCUGUUAAUAAAAUCGGCGACAUAGAAGUUAAGGAUCUAAUGGUGGGCGAUGAAGCCUCACAACUGCGAUCGCUUCUAGAGGUGUCCUAUCCAAUGGAGAACGGUGUGGUGCGUAAUUGGGAAGAUAUGUGCCACGUUUGGGAUUAUACAUUCGGCCCGAAGAAAAUGAAUAUUGAUCCAAAGAAUACAAAAAUACUUUUGACAGAACCGCCCAUGAAUCCGCUAAAAAAUAGAGAAAAGAUGAUUGAGAUGAUGUUCGAAAAGUAUGGCUUCGAUUCGGCGUAUAUUGCAAUUCAGGCGGUGCUUACUCUCUAUGCGCAAGGCUUGAUUUCGGGUGUGGUUAUCGACUCUGGCGAUGGUGUUACACACAUUUGUCCUGUGUACGAAGAAUUUGCGCUGCCUCAUUUAACCAGACGUUUAGACAUUGCCGGCCGUGAUAUCACACGAUAUCUGAUUAAGCUUUUACUUUUACGUGGUUACGCGUUCAAUCAUUCCGCUGAUUUUGAAACUGUCCGCAUGAUGAAGGAGAAACUCUGCUACAUUGGCUAUGACAUCGAGAUGGAACAGCGACUUGCGCUGGAAACUACUGUGCUUGUUGAGUCAUAUACGUUACCCGAUGGCCGCGUGAUAAAGGUGGGCGGCGAACGUUUUGAAGCACCUGAGGCGUUAUUCCAACCACAUUUAAUCAAUGUUGAAGGUCAAGGCAUAGCCGAGCUAGUGUUUAACACAAUACAGGCGGCCGAUAUUGAUAUGCGCCCGGAAUUGUAUAAGCAUAUCGUUCUGUCUGGUGGUUCAACCAUGUAUCCAGGUCUUCCUAGUCGAUUAGAACGCGAAAUAAAACAAUUAUAUUUAGAACGUGUGCUCAAGAACGACAUCGAUAAGUUAGCGAAAUUCAAAAUUCGCAUUGAGGAUCCACCACGACGAAAAGAUAUGGUUUUCAUUGGUGGUGCUGUUUUGGCUGAAGUGACAAAAGAUCGCGAUGCUUUUUGGAUGUCGAAGCAAGAGUAUCAGGAACAAGGUCUCAAAGUAUUACAGAAACUUACGAAGAGCACACAGUAGUAGGAAAGGCCAAAAAAUACUAUUAACAUUCAAGUUAAAACCUACCUUUUGUAUUGUGUUUUUAUAGCUUGCAAUACAACAUAUAUCGUCGUUUAAA